GCCCAGUCCCUGCUGGCACCAUGCUUCACUUGUGGCUGCCGAAAACGGCUCAGAAUCACCCACUGUUGGUCGAGCUCAAAAACGGGGAGGCAUACAAUGGGCAUCUAGUGAGCUGUGACAACUGGAUGAACAUCAACUUGCGUGAGGUGAUCUGCAAGUCCAGGGACAGAGACAAUUUCUGGCUGAUGCCCGAGUGCUACAUCCACAGCAGCACCAUCAAGUACCUGCGCAUCCCCAAUGAGAUCAUCGACACGGUCAAGGAGGAGGUGGCGGCCAAGGGCCGUGGCCGUGGUGGCCUGCAGCAGAAGCGACAGAAGGGCCAUGGCACGGGGGGUGCUGGGCGAGGAGGGAUCCCAGGGACCAGCAGAGAUCAGCCAGAAAGGAGGCCGGGCAGAGAGGCGGGCAAACAGUGA